UGACGAUGAACAAUUUGCAACAGAAGCCCCACAUACCCCUCAAUCUUUUUAUUAGUUCACCCAAUUUCCACGCUCUCAUUAUAUAUCAAAGUUGUUUGCUCACAUAGGAGUAGGAGCUAACAAAUUUAUGUAGCAGCUUCAGUGCGUUAACAGAGAAAGACGAGAGCCACAAAAAUGGCCGUUGAUGCUUCAGCCAACGCCUUCAACGGCAACAUAACACUCUCCGUUCUCGUCACUUGCAUCGUUGCUGCUUCCAGUGGACUCAUUUUUGGAUAUGACAUCGGAAUUACAGGAGGUGUCACUACGAUGAAACCAUUUCUUGAAAAAUUCUUCCCAUCCAUAUUGAGAAAGUCCGCUAGAGCUGAAACAAACGUGUAUUGCGUCUACGACAAUCAGUUGUUAACGUUAUUUACGUCCUCCCUUCAUCUGGCGGGACUAGUUUCGUCUCUCUUGGCCGGCCGGGUCACGACGGCGUUGGGUCGGAAAAACACCAUGAUCUUCGGUGGCUGUACCUUUUUCGCCGGCGCUGCCAUUAACGGUGGUGCUGAAAAUAUUGCUAUGCUCAUCUUGGGUCGUAUCUUGCUCGGCUUCGGAGUGGGUUUCACUAAUCAAGCAACACCGGUGUAUCUUUCGGAGAUGGCUCCUCCGAAAUGGCGAGGCGCGUUCAACACGGGGUUCCAAUUCUUCAUCGGAAUGGGCGUGGUGGCCGCGAACUGCAUAAACUACGGCACGGCGAGGGUGGCGUGGGGGUGGCGGCUCUCCCUGGGCCUGGCGACAGUCCCCGCAAUGAUCAUGACAAUCGGAGCGACCCUGAUCCCCGACACACCGAGCAGCCUAGUCGAGCGGGGCCACGUAGAGCAAGCGCGAAACGCGUUGCGCAAAGUGAGGGGAGCCACCGUGGACGUGGACGCCGAACUGGAACAGCUGAUUCAGUCGUGGAAUGCUUCCAAGGCCGUGAAGGAGCAGGAGAGGUUGGUGAGCAUAUUCGAGAAGGAGUAUCGGCCUCAGUUGGUGAUGGCCUUUGCUAUUCCCUUGUCUCAGCAGCUUACAGGGAUCAACAUUGUCGCUUUCUAUGCGCCUAACCUCUUUCAGUCUGUAGGAUUUGGCAAUCACUCCGCUUUGCUUUCGGCGGUUAUACUUGGACUCGUUAAUCUUGCUUCCAUACUUGUCUCAACCGCUGUUGUUGAUCGCUUUGGUCGGAGAUUCUUGUUCAUUGUGGGUGGCCUUCAGAUGCUUCUCUGCAUGCUUGGGGUGGCUGUUGUGUUGGCAGUGGUGAGUGGUGUUCAUGGUACAGAGCACAUGUCAAAGGGCAAUGCCAUAUUGGUGCUGGUGCUGUUGUGUUUGUACGCCGCAGGUUUUGGUUGGUCGUGGGGUCCUCUCUGCUGGCUAAUUCCGAGUGAGAUUUUCCCCUUAAAGAUCAGAUCCACUGGACAAAGCAUAGCCGUGGCUGUGCAGUUCUUAACCGUGUUUAUUCUAUCCCAGACAUUCUUGACAAUGCUAUGCCACUUUAAGUUUGGGGCUUUCCUCUUCUAUGCUUGUUGGAUUGCACUCAUCACCGUCUUUGUUAUACUAUUCUUGCCCGAGACUAAAGGAAUUCCUUUGGAUUCAAUGUACAACAUAUGGGGCAAACACUGGUUUUGGCGCCGGUUUGUUGUUAAAGGACAGGUUAACCAAGAUAUAUAGUCUUCUCAUGGAUUAGUAGUAGCACUGGUAUGUUUGGUCUUGUGUGUAAUUAAGCAUAAAAACAAAAUUCAUUAUUUGCAUCUUCCUUUU